AUGGCGCACGGAGGUGGUUCUAAUGAAAAACUUCCAAGUGAUGAUAUUGGUUGGAAAUUUGGAAUUCCACUAGAAAAUAAUAGGCAUAAAAUUAGGUGUAAAUUUUGUGGAAAAGAGCUAAAUGGUGGUAUAACUAGGUUGAAGCAACAUUUAGCCCAUAUGAAAGGUCAAGUCGCACCUUGUGCUAAUGUCAGUGGUGAAGUUCGAACACUAAUGAUGGAUCAUUUGAAUAAUUAUAAGGAAAAAAAUCUUGACAAAAGGAAGAUGAAUGAGGAAUUGACAGAACAAAUUAGAGCCAGUCAGUGUGAUGAUGAUGAAAAUGAUAAGGAGGACUUAGAAAUGGUUAUGGCCCGACAAAAUAGGGCUAGUGAUAUUGAGGUUGCACCUCCUCUUGGUUUUGCUCGGCGAAGUCAUAGUGUUCGUGAGGCUAGUACAAGUAGGAAAUGGAUUGAUACAUCCUCUCCAGAAGUUCAAUUAUUAGACAUAGAUGUGGAUCUUCAUAGGACCAAAGGCAACAAACAAUCCAAACUCUCCUCUAGAUUCUUGAAAGAAGCAAAGAAAAAAUUAGGAAGAGCAGUUAGCCAGUUUGUAUUGUUCACUCUAGUGCCUACUAAUGUUGUUAAUUCUAAAUGGCUAGAACCAAUGUUGGAUACUACAAGAGAGGUUGGAAAAGGAACAAAGCUACCUACUUCUUAUGAAGUAACCGAAGUGUAUUUACCAAUGGAGUAUGAAGCUUUACAAAAUUGGAUAAAAUCUCAUAAAUCUAGUUGGGCUGAGAGAGGUGUUACAAUUAUGUGUGAUGGAUGGUCUGGGCCCACAAGAAAGCACAUUGUUAAUUUUCUUGUGCAUAGCAAUCGUGGAACAAUUUUUCAGAAGUCUGUGGAUGUAACUGAUGUACCUAGUAGGACAGCUGAUUAUUACUUAGGCCUCAUGGACAAGGUAGUAGAUGAAAUUGGAGAAGAAUAUGUUGUGCAAAUCGUAACUGAUAACGAAGCUGCGAUAAAGGCUGUUGGUUACAAACUCAUGCAAAAAAAGGGAGAAUCUGUAUUAGACAAGAUGUGCAGCUCAUUGUAUUGA